AAUUAAACUGUGAAUCGAAGUAUCAAGAAAAAUAAUUAAUAUUUUCUUUAAUUCUCCGAUAUAUUUCACGUUAUCGAUUUUAUCAUUUCUUUUUAAAAAACACAGUCUUAUCUAAACUUGUGAGUGUUAUCGACUUUACAUAUACAUUUUCAUUUUACUAAUAUCAACCUGCGCGAAAAUUACGAAGAAUCAAGAAAGAAUUUCAUCAGCAUUUCCUUGGACAAACUAUCUCUGGUAAUUGAAGAGAAUGUCUGUACAAUGGACAUUUAUUGCAGGGUACCUGUACUUCGAAAUAGCUGUAGUAAUACUAAUGAUGCUGCCCAUUUUUAGUCCUAGACGCUGGCACCAGUUCUUCAAGUCACGUUUGUUUUCCAUGUUCCAAUCCCAUAUAGGUGUCUAUUUCUACAUAUUCCUGGGCAUUUUAGGAGUAUUCCUGUUGGAUGCUAUCAGAGAAAUGAGGAAAUAUGCACAUUCUGGUGAUAGCCAUGUACAUUUAACUAGUGAAAUGAAAGGGAAUGUGAAAUUAUUUAGAGCCCAGAGAAACUUUUACAUCACUAGCUUUGCUAUAUUUUUAACAUUUGUCAUAAGACGUCUUAUUACAAUGCUGAUAAUCCAGGAUGAGCUGCGUUUAAAGGCUGAAGCUAUCAUUAGGCAGGCUGAUGACACAGUCAGAUUGGCUAAAGAUACAGUUUUGGCUAGCACAAUAAGAGCAUCGCAGUCACAGAGCUAUGAGGACAUGAAGAAUGAUAUGGAAAAUGCUCUAGCUUCAUUAGAGGAAGAGAAAGAGAAAACAAAAGAAUUGGAGAAUGAAGUGAGAAAAUGGAAGUCCAAGUAUGAAGAGAUUGUGUCUAAUGGACAAGGUGAUAAAUAACUCUCUUGUUAAACAAUGUGUAAUUAUUUGAUUCUGUGAUUAUAAUGUGACUGAUUAUGCUUUAUUUGGUGCUCGUUUGUAGUGAGAUUAAGAAUGUAUUAUGUUACUAGUCAAUUUUAAUUGUACAUAAAUUUUGGUAUUCUAAAUUGCCAUAUAAUGAAAAUAGACUAGUGAUACUUUUUGUCUAUCAAUGUGUCAAAAAAUGCUUAACUGAAAUUAUGUUUGUGGGUUUUUAUCUUUGUCUUUUCAAGUCUCAAUUCUGACAAAUAAGUAUAAAAUCUGAAUGUGACCAUAGGACAAUUAAACAGGUUGUUAAAAUGGUAAAAAAAAUAUUAAUCUGUACUAACUAAAGAUCUUUUUUCUAUUGUUAUGCAUUUGUCAUUUCAACAGUAAAAAUUUUUAAACUAAUAUAUUCAUAAGUGUUCCUUGCUAUGUAUAACUAAUUGUACUUUCUUUUCGAUACUAUUAAGAUUGAUCUUAAGUGAUUCAAUAAUUCAUGACAGUAUUUUUAAUAUUUUGUUUUGAAGUGUAUC